ACUGCAAGAUGACAUGACGGCUGAUGUCAGAGCAUCUAGGGUUGUUGUACGAAAUGGUUAUCACUCUUCAACCAUUUACAUCGUCACUUUAAGUCCGCGGACAGCUUUUAUACAGGCAUAACACGAUAUUAUUAUCACUUCUAUUCAUCGCUAAACGUUUGAUAUUACUGUAAACCAAUCCCCCUGAAAUAUGGAAUGUGUUCGAUCGCUGUGGGGUUACGCCUCUCGUUGUUUUUCCUGUCAAGAAGUUUCGUCUGCACAGGGUAAUGAGCCUAGCGAACGAACUCAUCUUCUUGCCGACCCGGUCAGCAACAGUCCAGCAGUGCGUCGAGACAAUGAAACCUUUACGCAGGAGUACCCCAACUCUGUGCCCAAGAAAGAUGAACAGUCUGCACUGGCGAAAAUAUUACAAGAAACGUCUGAAAAUAUCAUAGACGUUGCUGCAAUGGAUACGCAAAAGCUGGAAGCUAGCGAAUAUAAUGAUCGCAUAAAGCUAUACUCGCAGCGGCUACAGCAGCAGUGGAGCAACGUGAACCAUCCGAAUCAAGCAGAAAGCUCGAGUCUGCUUAAGGAUAUACCGAAUCCUGAACCAGUGUUGGCUUCGGUGCCGAUAGCUGCGGACGAUCUGGCUAUGAUUAAAACGAUGGUGCAAAAGGCAAAUGUUGCAGUUACGGAGAUAAAAGUUGACCACACUGAGAACCUAGUCGUGCCGUUCCGGAUUCCAUAAUAUUAUGCCGUGAAGCGUAACUUGUAAAAUAUUGUUCGCAAAUGCGCUGUGUUGGUUUUGUUUCUGCUCCGUUGUAAAGUGUUUACAUAUAAUAUCUCAUUUGAUGAUGAACAGUCGCCGAUUGCAAUACAAGUAUGUACGUAUAGGCAUAUAUAGAAAAUGUUUUGUUUUUUACUCUGCAGAUUCUUAGACCUGCACCUAACAAUCGGCUGAAGCAUAUUUUUUAAUCAAACUUCGUCUAACUGAUGCAUAGGAAAGCGUGUAAAAUAAGAACAAAAACACUAUACACAUAUACACAGGAGAUAAGCGUACACCGGGGACGAGCUUGAUAUACUUGAAGCUUUGAAUGAAAAUAUAAUGAAUAAAAAAGGCUGAGGAAUUUGCUCUCAUA